AAAUGGAGAAUAAAUUCACAUGGAUUUUGGAAAAGUUCUCUUCUUUGGAAGACAAGAGAUGCUACUCUUGCCUCUUCACCGUCGACGGCUACAAUUGAUCACUUGAUGCAACAAAAUUUUCUUGUUUUCUGUUUUGUCUCAGGAGGGCAAUGUUGUUUCGAUGCAAAGAAUAAGGCCUGUGGUUAUAGCGAGUUUGUGUCACUUACCAAACUUCAUGAGAAGGGUGAAGGAUUUCUGGUGAAUAACAGACUCAUUAUCCUCGCUGAAGUACACGUUCUUCCAGCUAUUGUUGUACCAGCGGAACCUGUGAAGACUACUGAUCCUCUGAGCAGCAAAGGAGGAACUAAAGCUUCUGAUGCAUCUGUCAGUAAAUCUCAGGGGGACUCUUCUUGUCAAGUAGCGCAAAUAACUGAGAAUGCGUCUAAAGAGAAUUUAGAUGAAGAAGACGCAUCUGAAGAGGGUUCGGAUGAUGAUGAAACGUCUGAAGAGGGUUCAGAUGAUGAUGAUGAUGAUGCAUCCGAAGAGGAUCCGAAUGAUGAGGGUUCGGAUGAUGAAUCUCAAAUAGUAGGAAAUCGUGGUACAAGGUGUAACAGUUUGGCAGCUGAGACUGAGUUUUCCAACAGUCAAAAUAAUGAUGCACCUAAAGAAGAUGUGGAUGAUGAGGCUUCAUCUCAUGUUUCGAAUGAUAGUACUAGAAAUGGAAGUUCUCUAGACCAAGAGAAGUCCUUGGAGGAUGCCUCUCAGACAGCAGAAAAUGGUGCUAGGAGGCUUAACACUGUGGCAUCUGUUACUGGAACGUCUGAAAAUAACAAGGAGAAUGUUGGUGCUGAGUCUAAUGAUAUGCUCAAGAAAACUUCACAACUACAGGAAAGCAACAGUGUCAAUGGGACUAAACAGGUACAAGAUUCUGUGAAAUCCAGUCCAACGAACAAACGUCUGUGGAUAGCAUUUCUGGUUAUCUUCUUCUUACUAAUGGUGGCUAUCGUUGCGAGUGAGGCGGAGCAUAAGGAACUCUUGGCUGCAAAAAUGAAAAUUUCUAUCUUAGAGGAAAGAAAAGUGAAGUUCCGUCUCACUGUAGUGAAUAAGAUUUCGAAAGAUGAUACCAAAGUAUUAGAUGGGCAAAAAAUUUUCACUGCACGUAACUACAGAUGGGGUUUUAGCAAGUUCUUGCGCUGUCAUAAACUUAGAGAUGAUGGAUUUUUGGUGGGUGACAAACUCAUUAUUGUUGCUGAUGUACAUGCUUUACCAACAUUUACCCCAGAGGAUUUUGAGAAGUUUUUGGAAUCUCUGAGACUCAUGAGAGUCUCUUUUAACAGAUCUAAGAGAGACUCUUCCUGUCAAGUGGUGCAAAAAACUGAGAAUGCUGCAUCUCAAGAGGUUUUGGAUGAUGAUGACGCAUCUGAAGAUGGUGAUGAUGAUGAUGGUGCAUCUGAAGAUGAUGAUGAUAUCUCAUCCGAAGAGGAUUCAGAUGAUGAUGGCUCAUCUGAAGAGGGUUCAGAUGAUGAUGAUGAUGAUGCAUCAUCUACAAUUUCUGAUGAUGGAGGUAGGGGAAAAAGUCCCUUGAACCAAUUAAAUGAUUUGAAGGGCGAAUCUCUUACAGUAGGAAAUCUUGGUAUGAGGUGUAACAAUGUGGCAUCUAAGACUGAGGUUUCCAAUGUGGAUAAUGAUGAUGCACCUCAAGGGGCUUCCCAUGAUGAUGCAUUUGAAGAUGAUGAUCAGGGUGAUGAUGAUGAUGUUUCAUCUCUUCUUUCGAGUGUUAAUGAUAAAGAUGUAAGUUCUAUAAACAAACUGAAGUCCAUGGAGGAUGCUUCGAAGACAGUAGAAAAUGGUGAUACAGGGUGUACCAAUGUGGCAUCUGUUACGGAGGCUUCUAAUGAUCUGCUCAAGGAGAUUCAACCACAUGAUGACGUUUAUUCAGAGGACUGCAGUGAUUACUACGAAUAUGAUAAUGAUUGGGAUCAUCAUGAUUAUUCUUAUGCAGAUAACGACAUGAGUGAUUGUUAUGCGUAUGAAGAGGAGUCGGAGAAAGAGUUUGAUUAUGGAGAUGAUUCUCCUUUUGAGGGUAUCUCUGCAUCGUUAGUAUAUGGCUAGAGUUGAGAGAACAACAACUUAAAGCUCAUAUUUAGUUUAAAGUGCUGAUGUUCUGAUGUAUUUGAGUUUAUGUCGUACUUGUUAUAAUAAUCGUUGCAUUAAGACUUAAUUUUGUUACUUUCCGAGUUUAGUCUAAAUUUCCCUUCCGUUUAUGAAAAUCUUUUAAUUUGGUGUAAGUGUUGCAGUCUUUUAUUUCUUGUACUUUGUUGGUUCUCUCCGGUGUGGUAAUUAGUAAAAACCUUGUUUUAUG